AACCAAAUCAAACACUCAAAAGACUCAAAUGGCUGACGAGGCUAUUCCUCCCCAAUACAAAAGCUUAGAAGGAAAAGUAGCCAUCGUCACCGGCGGCGCCAGCGGAAUCGGCGAGACCACUGCAUGUCUGUUCGCCGAUCACGGCUCGCGCGCAGUGGUGAUCGCAGACAUUCAAGACGAGAAAGGGGAACUUCUGGUUACCUCUAUCGGUACACACCGAUGCAGCUACAUCCACUGUGAUGUCGCCGAUGAAGAUCAAGUCAAGUCCAUGGUUGACUGGACGAUCCAGAAGUACGGCCGCCUCGACAUCAUGUUCAGCAACGCCGGCAUCCUCAACACUCACCAGACAAUCCUGGACCUCGAUUUAUCGGCCAUGGAUCGACUCUUCUCCAUCAACGUCAAGGGAAUGGCAGCUUGCGUGAAGCACGCGGGGAGAGCUAUGGUGGAAGGGGGAAUUAAGGGGAGCAUAGUCUGUACGGCGAGUGCUGCAGCCAGCGUUGGUACGGGGAGGCACACGGAUUAUACCAUGUCCAAGCAUGCGGUGUUGGGGUUGGUGAGAUCGGCGAGCCGCCAGUUGGGUCGGCACGGGAUCAGGGUCAAUUGCGUGUCGCCGUCAGGGUUGGCGACACCGAUGCUGUGCCAGUCGUACGGGAUGGAUGAGGAUGGAGUGGAGAAGGUUUUCUCCAAUUCCACCAGCUUGGAAGGAUUGGCGUUGAAGGUGAAUCACGUGGCGGAGGCCGUGUUGUUCCUUGCUUCUGAUGCGUCUGCCUUCGUCACUGGCCAUAACCUCGCCGUUGACGGCGGUUACGUCCCUCGACAACCUAGAAGCGACCCAACACAUUCAUUUUUCCGGCCGGUUGCGAUCUAACAAACUAUUUCUUCCGGUUGGUCUUCUC